AUGUCUUUGUUGCUACGGCUGAAGAAGACCCUCAAAUUCAAUGUUGCUGUUUCAAAUAAACUAGUUUCCUGGAAUCGAAGCGCAGACUGCUCUUCUUGGGGAGGUGUGACCUGGGAUGCCAAUGGUCACGUUGUCGGUCUUGAUCUGAGUAGCGAAUCAAUUUCUGGUGGAUUCAAUAGCUCUAGUAGCCUUUUCAGUUUACAAUAUCUCCAGAGCUUGAAUUUGGCUGGAAACAGCUUCUGCGGAGGAUUGAACUGGCCUAACAACAGCUUCUGCUCUUCUCAAAUUCCAUCAGGAUUUGACAGGCUUGCUAAUUUAAUUUAUCUGAAUUUAUCCAAUUCUGGCUUUUCUGGGCAGAUUCCAAAGGAAUUUUCGCUCUUGACUAGCUUGGUUACCAUCGAUUUCUCCAGCCUUGGUUAUCUCAUUGGAUUUCCUACACUGAAACUUGAGAAUCCAAAUCUGAGAAUGCUGGUUCAGAAUCUCAAGGAGCUUAGGGAACUUCAUCUUAAUGGUGUAGACAUAUCAGCCGAGGGGAAGGAGUGGUGCCAGGCAUUGUCAUCUUCAGUGCCUAAUCUCCAAGUGCUUAGCUUGUCCAGCUGUCAUCUUUCAGGCCCAAUCCAUUCUUCCCUGCAGAAGCUUCGAUCUCUCUCAAGGAUUCGUCUGGAUGACAACAAUUUUGCUGCUCCAGUUCCACAGUUCCUCGCUAGCUUCUCAAAUUUGACUCACUUGCAGCUCAGUUCUUGUGGAUUAACUGGAACGUUUCCAGAAAAGAUCAUUCAGGUAACAACCCUACAGAUUCUUGAUUUGUCAAUUAACUUACUUGAAGAUUCUUUGCCAGAAUUCCCUCAAAAUGGAUCUCUAGAAACAUUGGUGCUUUCGGAUACAAAACUAUGGGGGAAACUACCCAACUCCAUGGGAAAUCUUAAGAAGCUGACUAGCAUAGAGCUGGCACGUUGCCAUUUCAGUGGCCCAAUCCUAAACUCAGUGGCAAACCUUCCUCAACUGAUUUACUUGGACUUGUCUGAAAAUAAGUUUUCCGGUCCAAUUCCAUCUUUUAGUUUGUCCAAGAGACUCACCGAAAUAAACCUUUCCUACAAUAAUUUGAUGGGUCCAAUUCCUUUCCACUGGGAACAACUUGUUAAUUUAAUGAAUCUUGACCUGCGGUACAAUGCAAUUACAGGAAAUCUCCCCCCGUCCCUGUUUUCCCUCCCAUCCUUGCAGAGGUUACGACUAGACAACAACCAAAUUUCUGGUCAGUUCAAAAUUCUUUUAAAUGCAUCUUCUUCUAGAUUGAGCACCCUUGGUUUGAGUAGCAACAAUCUCAAAGGGCCGAUACCUGAUUCUGUCUUUGAACUGCGGUGUCUUAGCUUCCUUGACCUAUCUUCCAACAAAUUCAAUGGAAAGAUUGAACUCAGCAAGUUUAAAAAACUUGGGAAUCUUACUGAUCUUAGCCUUUCAUACAACAACCUGUCCAUCAAUGCAACCCUUUGUAAUCUGUCCCCUUCUAUACUGCCUAUGUUUACAACAUUAAGCUAUGUGGAUUACUCGAACAACAGUUUCACCUCCUCCAUCCCAGAAGAUAUUGGUACUUACAUCUUCUUCACUAUUUUCUUCUCUCUUUCUAAGAAUAACAUCACUGGAAUGAUCCCUGCAUCAAUCUGCAAUGCCAGUUACCUGCGAGUUCUUGACUUUUCUGACAACGCUUUGAGUGGAAUGAUACCCUCAUGUUUAAUUGGGAACGAGAUUCUUGAGGUCCUGAAUCUACGGAGAAACAAGUUAAGUGCCACUAUACCUGGGGAAUUUUCGGGAAACUGUCUUUUACGGACUCUAGAUCUGAAUGGGAAUCUCUUAGAAGGAAAAAUUCCAGAAUCUCUAGCCAAUUGCAAAGAGUUAGAGCUAAGCUACCAUGAGUCGCAUCAUCGACCACAUAGCAAUCCCACCUGGCCACUGCUUCAAAUUAUCGACCUUGCUUCCAACAAUUUUACUGGUGACUUGUCAGGAAAAUUCUUUUUAACCUGGAAGGCAAUGAGGGCUGAUAAAGAUGGAGCCAGGUCAGAGCUCAAUCACCUACAACUUCAGGUACUACAAUUCGGCCAAGUGUACUAUCAGGAUACGGUGACUGUCACCAGCAAAGGCCUAGAAAUGCAGCUUGUGAAGAUUCUAACCGUCUUCACUGCCAUUGAUUUCUCCUUCAACAAUUUCCAAGGGGAGAUACCAGAAGCUAUGGGAAGCUUGAUUUCACUUUAUGCUCUCAACCUGUCCCAUAAUGCUUUGACGGGCCAAAUCCCAUCAUCACUAGGGAAGUUGCGGCAGCUUGAGUCGUUGGACCUCUCACAGAACAGCCUUAGGGGGGAGAUACCACCACAGUUUGUGAGCCUAAAUUUCCUUUCCUUCCUUAACCUCUCCUUUAAUCAACUGGAGGGAGAAAUCCCCACAGGUACUCAACUUCAAACGUUUUUGGAAUCUUCUUAUGAAGGGAACAAAGAACUAUGCGGACCCCCCUUGAAGAGGAAAUGCACAGAUCCAUCCCCACCCACCUCUGAAGAAACACAUCCGGAUUCUGGGAUGAAGAUUAACUGGGUGUACAUAGGUGCUGAAAUUGGAUUUGUCACCGGUAUAGGAAUUGUGAUUGGGCCUCUUGUGUUAUGGCGAAGGUGGAGACGAUGGUACUACACACAUGUGGAUAGACUUCUUUUGAGGAUUCUCCCGCGUCAAGGCGGAGGAGUUCAUGGCAGGAGACGUCACAGAAGUCAGCGACAGAGACUCUAGCACCAGAAAGGUGGCGCAGCUAGAGUUUGUUCUAUGGAAGGAAAAAUAAAAACUAAAA